AUUUUCCAUUGCUUCCAUUGCCAAAUCAACAAUUUCCCACACAUACCAAAACCCCUUCAACAAUGGCGAUUACGAAGCAACAUUUGAUCCCGCUUUUCGCUAUCUCAUUUCUCUUGUUUUUCCAGCUCCAUUGCUCAACAACUUCAGCCCAAGCUCCCGCUCAGUCUCCCGCACCACCUGGUCCACCAGACGUCACCAAAAUCCUGCAAAAAGCCGGCCAAUACUCCGUCUUCGUUCGUCUUCUCAAAUCCACCCAAGUCUCCGACCGUCUCAUUGGCGAGCUCAAAGACACAGAUGAUGGGAAGACCAUUUUUGCCCCCACUGAUAAGGCUUUCUCCGCCCUCAAAUCUGGUGCCUUGAAUUCACUCAACGAUGAACAAAGGGUUCAGCUGGUGCUAUUUCACGUCAUCCCAAGUUAUAUCCCAUUAUCCCAAUUCCAAACAGUUAGCAACCCUAUGAGAACACAAGCCGGAGAUAGCGGCGACGGUGAGUUUCCUCUCAACGUCACCACUUCGGGAAACACAGUGGUUCUAAAGACAGGGCUGACGAAAACCAGUGUUAGUGAUACCAUUUAUACCGAUGGUCAGCUGGCUGUUUAUCGAGUCGAUCAGGUGCUUCAACCUUUGCAAGUCUUCGCUGCUAGGUCUUCAGCUCUGGCACCGGCACCGGGAAUGUCUAGGAAGGCUGCUGACGUUGAUGGGAAAUCCAAAGCUUCGAGCCUUGCCAUGCAAAACUUAGCUUUGUUUGUAGUUAGUGUUAUAGCUUUUGCACUUUCUUUGUGACAAUAAAAGGGUUUUGAUAGGAUUUCGUGAUGGAAAAUUCGGGGACCUCUUAUUGCCCAUGGUUCUCUUCUCUCCAUGGGCUAUUGAAGAUUGUGAUUUGUGCGUGCAAGUUUUCUUGUUUUUUUUGGUGAAUCAUUAUUGUUAUUAUUAUUAUAUUUAAUUUGAUUUGAAUGUCUCCUUGGACAAUACAAA